AUGGCACCAGUGUGGAUUCUCAUUUUCUUUCUCUAUAUAGUUUCAGCACAAUCUGUACAUUUCGAUGAAACCGUCUCGCUCGUCUCCGCGGAUGUCGGCCAUGCGGUGUCUCUUCAGUGCACACUCGGAGGAGAGUCCAGUGAAGGACUCAUACUCUGGUAUAAGCAGAAGCUUGGAGGAAUCCCUCAGGCGAUCGGGAUGAGCGGACCGUUGAGCGCUGCUAUAAUUUUAUCCCCAUUUAAUAAAACUGCGUUUCAGCUAAACAGAACUAAAAAUCUAAUUUCUCUGAAUAUUCAUGAUGUUAAUAAAGAUGAUGAAGCGAUGUACUUCUGUGGAAGGUCUGAAGUAAAUAUUAUUAAAUUUACCAGUGGAAUAUUUUUAUCUGUAAGAGAUAAACCACAUCUGAACGUCACAGUGUUCCAGAGCGCUAUUCCGAUCUCGGUUCCUGCAGGAGCAUCAGUGACUCUGCAGUGUUCGGUUCUCUCUGAGAGCAGAGCAGCAGAACUCCAAGUGCUCUGGUUCAGAGCUGCUCCAUCACAAUCCCAUCCUCAACUCAUUUACACUCAUCACAACAGCAGCCUUCAGUGUGAGAGCGAAUCUUCUACACACACCUGUGUGUACAACUUGUCCAAGAACAUCUUCAGCCUCAAUGAUACUGGUACUUACUACUGCGCUGUGGCCCUGUGUGGGAAGAUCAUUUUCGGGAACGGGACACGAGUACAGCUGGAAAAGACUGUAAAUGCUUCAUUGAUCAUUCUGACCUUGGCUUUGGGAGUGUGUGCGAUUCUGCUCACGGCUCAAACUAUUUUCGUGUGUAAACGGAAGCAUGAUAAACACCACAGCAAAAGUAUUCAGCGACACACUGUGGCAGAAAAAGUGACCGAUGAGGGACUUGACGUGGAGUUGAAUUAUGCUGCUUUACAUUUCAAUAAGAGGAAAAAUAAAAGUGGGAGGAGGAAAAGCGAUCAACCUCGUGAUAUUGUGUACUCUGAAGUGAAAUUUGUGUCACAAACUAACUCAGCUCUCUAAAUCCUGCCAAUUUCUUGAUUUUUACAUUUAGCUGAAACUGGGUGGAAGAUCUGUCUC